UCUUUUAAAUUUUAUCAUAUCAAAUAGAUUCUUGUCAAGACACAACGGAAUUCUGAAACAGGAACAAGAACGACAUCUCUAGAGAAGAUGAAAUCUACAGUUUUAGACAGUGGAAGAUAUAGUUGCGAAGUUGAGGGACAAUCAACAGAAAUCACCGUUCGUGUCAUUGAGGUAACGCCGGUAGACGCCAUUUUACCAGUGCAAACAACGGAAGCGUUGGAAUUAAGAUGUGACACUUCCGGUAUGACUACAGACAGUGACGAAGUUAGAUGGAUAUGGUCACACCAAAAUAAAAUGCUGAGAAACAAUGACAAAUUCAACAUGGUCAAUAGAGAAAAUAAUGGAAUACUGCAAAUAAAAAAUCCUGAUAGGACUAAUAUAGGGGAAUAUCUGUGUUCACUGACACAACGUAAUGAUGUCAAGAUACAGAAACCUAAAUCAGUAUUUCUACGAGCAAGUCCUGUGAUAGACAGUUAUACAAUGCAAGCAUAUCAUAAUAAAAAUAUAGAACUGAAGUGCAUGGCAUCCGGGUCUCCCAUUCCAAAUAUAGCCUGGACCAAAGACGGUGUUGUACUCAAUAUAACAAAUUAUUCUCACGUAAAUGAAGAAAAUAAUACAGUAAAAAGCUCCGUGACAUUACGGAACGUGGACCUUGAUGAUGCUGGAAUUUAUUCAUGCAACGCAUUUAAUGACAUAGAGCCAUUUAAUGCAACAGCUCAAAAAGAAAUUGAUCCCAGAGAAAAUAGUGCUUUUAUAUCAGCAAGUGGACCACUUCACAGUCAAGCCGCAUUAUUUCCACUUUUCUUAAUUACAGUCGUUUUUCUUCAAAUAUCAAGUUGAGUUGAAUAGGACACUGCGUAUGACGCCAUCAAUUGUUCUACAUGUACGCCUAUUAAUCAUUUAUUAUUUAUGAAGGAAUCGUGCACAUAAAUCAUUAUCCAUUUGUAACGAAACUAGUGUUUUAAAGGAAAAUGCGCAUGCGCAGUUUAUUAUCUGUGAUAUCAAGUUACUUUGUCUAUUUUAUGGUGUCAAGGUCAAGUGUGUUCAGAAUUAGAAUAACUUAAGUGAUUAUUUAGAGUACUUUAAUAACCGUGAUGUAUUGGAGACUAUGUGUCUAUUGUUAACAAUAACUAGUCUGUGUUUUUUUUCAAAUAACGUUCCCUAACUAUAACGUCCCCUAACUAUGAACAAUGAAUCUCAAUCAUUUUUACAUUGUAGAUUCACUAUUUUCAGUAAUUAUUCAAAACGAUAAAAGGCCUGAACAAAUGUAGCAAGUUAUUAUAACAAAAUUUAAAUCAUAUAUUUUUGUGUUGCUAUAUAAUGUGCAAAAAAUUAAAAUGUCUAUUUUAAUUUUUAGAAAUGAGUUUUUGCCGUUUUACUUUUGCCAUUUCUAUUUUGCCCGUAAGUUUUUAUAUGCAACUGUGAGAAUUUAAAAAGUAUAAGAUCUACAAGAAUAUCUUAGAAGAUAAAUAUAUUUUAAUCGUGUAUUUGUAUGUAAUAAUUGGAUUAAUGACCAUGAGUUGUAUUUGCAUUUUUCUCAAAUAAUGAUUUUACAGUUGAAAAUACCCUUUCACGUUAAAAAGAUCACACACAUAUACAUAACGAAAUCUGUCGAAAAGGAAGCAACAUUCGUUGGUGUUUUACUUCCGAAUAAGAUAGGGUUUUGUUUUUGUUUCUUUUUUUUGUCUUUUAUUUAAAUCGAGAAUAUACUUUAACUAAUUAACGAGGAAGCAUACAAGAUUUAUAACAAUCAAACAUUGUUCUUAUAUUCUUUUUGCUUACAAGGGACUGUAGAAUAAUUAAAAAACGAUCAUUUGGAAUUUCGUUGGAUUGUAAUACACGAUAAACAAACUACCGAAUUAUCUGAUAUGACAUUGACCUUUAAUUGACCUUGACCGUAAAGGUCAAAUUAUUGAAUGCUUAAGUUGUCAUAACUUUGUUAUAAUUCACAGAUUUUAGUCAUACACAUGUAGAAAAACACAUGUCAAAACUGACAUGGUGAUUAAUUCAGAGGUGACAUUGACCUUUGAAUGACCCGGACUGUGAAACUUAAAUUUUAUUUUUUUACAACAUAUAUUAUGUUCUGUAAGGGUACAUUUUACUGUAAAUGUAAUUUUGACUUUCAAAAUUAGAAUAAGCCGUGCGUGGCUUUCGCUUGUUAAUACUUCAUUUAGUAUGUAUAUAUGAUUAAAACAGAACAAAAAGUAAACUAACCACUACCCACAGCACUCUAAAUACUUACUAUUUUCAAUUAAUUAAGUAUUUUAGUCUGGCCUAGUGCUCUACAUUAACAUCUUAAUUGCCUACAUUAAAGAUUGUAGAUUUUGUGUGACUUAACUUGAACAAAACGCACAACACGAACUAAAAAUUGUUUACAUUUAUUACAACUCAUGGCAAUGCUUUUUUGUCUAUGUGAAAGUGUGAUUAAUUUAUCUACAGUGUAUGCAUUUUGCUUGAAUUAAUAUGUGAUUGUUCGCAAAGUAUGCAUAUUGAAUAUUAUGUCUAAAACUAUCUGUUUGUGCGAUUAAAACUUUUAUUUCAUUCCUUUCUGUAAAAAUAUGUAUGUGUAUAUAUUCAUCUGUAUUUAUAUUUUAUCAUGCUGUUUUAUAAGAACUAAAAGGUUCAUGCCCACUAAAACUAAAAGGUUCAUGCCCACUAGAACUAAAGUUUCAUGCCCACUAGAACUAAAAGGUUCAUGCCCACUAAAACUAAAGUUUCAUGCCCACCAGAUCUAAAGGUUAAUGUCCACUAGAACUAAAAGGUUCAUGCUCACUAGAACUAAAGGUUCAUUCCCACUAGAAUUAAAGUUUCAUGCCCACUAGAACUAAAAGGUUCAUGCUCACUAGAACUAAAGGUUCAUGCCCACUAGAACUAAAGUUUCAUGCCCACUAGAACUGAAAGGUUCAUGCCCACUAGAACUAAAGUUACAUGUCCUCUAGAGCUAAAGGGUUCAUGCUCACUAGAACUAAAGGUACAUAUCCACUAGAACUAAACGUGCAUGACCACUAGAACUAAACGUUCAUGAUAGGCGGAUGUUCGGUUGUCAAUAAUUCACUUAACUAUCUUCUCUUCAGUAACUACUGGUAAAAGUCACUUCUAUAUUUAAGUAAAACACCCGUUUCAGCUAAAUUCAAAUUACUUCUGAUUGGUUACUGUAAUGGGUAAUAAACAAAUCUUUUAUUAUUAUUCAAUGGACGGACCGCAGUGGAAUCAGGUUUUAUCCUUCCUGUGUUAUCCAUGGUGUUGGUGUGCAUGUCAUGGUUUUUGUGUUCAUGUUUGUAUUAUGUGAUGUCUCACUAAAUGUCUUAUUACCAUGUAUAUGCACAUAAUGUCAAAAAUAAAUAUCCUUAUCUUCAUCAAAUCUGCUAUGUAGCACAUUAAAACGCAAUUUGGCAUGAGGUCAUCUAUAUACUUGAUGUUAAGCACAUGAAUGAUACAAAGUUUUCUUUUAAAAUAGUUUCCGAAUCUUCUCUUAAACGGAUAGAAAGAGAUGACAAACCCUGUCGUGGGACAAUAGAUAAUCUCCAUUCCUUGUAUAUGUUCUGCUUUCAGCUUGUUCAAAUGAUCCUGUUCGAAGAAAAACAAUGAAACGUUAGUUCUUGUGAGCAAUUAUGGUCAUCAUUGCCCUUAUGUAUAUAAGUGUACGUGUACAUGUAUUGUGUUUAUAGUUUUUUUCACUGUACUUUUUCGUCUUUCAAAUAAACAAAAUGAUAUGUGGAAA